AUGCAUGCGGGGCCUCUAUUAAUUAUAUUAAGAGAGAAAGUAAAGAAGAAGGAGACAGUUGGAGACGGUUUAAUUAGAAGGCUGCACUCUUUGAUUAUUGUAGAGGAUAAUGAAGCAGAAGAGAAUAAUAAGGGCCGUUUGAGUUGCGAGGCUAUAUUAAACCUAGACAGAGAAGGUGUCUUAUCUCUUUAUCAGUCGUUGGGGGCCCCCCAAUGGGGCCCCCCUCAAGGGUAUAAGAGGGGGGGGCCCCCAGGGGGCCCCCCUCUAAAAAAUAAGGAGGGGCCCCCCCCAGAGGCCCCCCCUGAAGGGUAUAAGGAGGGGGGUCCCCCUGGGGGCCCCCAUCAAGGGUAUAAGGAUGGGGGCCCCCCUAGGGGCCCCCCUGAAGGGUAUAAGGAGGGGGGGCCCCCUGGGGGCCCCCCCUGUCAAGAAUAUAAAGAUGGGGGGCCCCCUGGGGGCCCCCCUCAAGAAUAUAAGGAUGGGGGGCCCCCUGGGCCCCCUGGGGGCCCCCGUCAAGGGUAUAAGGAUUGGGGGCCCCCUGGGGGCCCCCCCCUUCGUUUGUCUGCUGCUGAGUGGGAUUGUUUAUUUGAAGCAACGAAGAGGGUUUUGUCUUCGUUUCAUCCAGGAGAUUUGUUGGUUGCUUUUGGAGCGCUGCAGCAAAAGGAAGUGAAGUAUAAUGAUAUUGAGAAGCUGCUGCAUGCGCGGCUGCAGCAGCUACCUGCUGCUGCGUUUAGUGCAGCAGAAGUGAGGGAGCUGCUGCGGCUGCUGCAUCAACGAAGGUCUAAGAAUAUACAGACAGUGCAGCACUUAGCUGCUGCUUUUCUUUCGAGUGUACAGGCAGCUAAGCCUUCUUGCUGCACAGAGGUUAUGAUAGCUAUUGCUGCUUUACCUUCUUCUAUUAAAACAGCAAAAAAUAAAGAAGCAUUUGCUGCUGCAGCUUCGCGGUUGCUGCAGCAGCUUCCUUCUCUAAGACCUAAGGACCUCGCGCUGAGUCUCUACAGCAGCAGCAAAUUUGGAGACACAGCAGCACUGCAGCGGUUUGCUGCUGCUGCUGCUCCUCAUGUCUCUCGUCUUGCCCCUUUGAUGAAUUCUAUGCUGCUGUCUCUAACAGCAAAUGCUCUUGCUGCUGCAGCACAGAGACAUCACGGGGCUUUUGCUGCUAUUGAAGCAGCAGCGCUGCAGCAAAGAGACAGGUGGAAGCCUCAAGAUGCUGCUCUUCUUGUAAAUGCAUACACUCGGCUAGAGAUCUACAGCCACAACCUCUUUGCAGCAGCAGCGCAGCACGUAAGAAGAGACACUGCAGCAGCAGCACAGAGACACAUACACACACUUAUACAAACCGUCUCCUUCUUCUCUUCUUUCUGUCUCUAA